GUGUCGGGUCGGUAUUCCCGAAGCGCGGUGGUGGCGUUGCGCUGUGUUGUGGCUGCCUGCGGCGUUGGCGUAGCGGGCGCAGUUGGCGUAGCACUAGCAGAGGCGGCUGUGGCGGGGAGCGACGGCGGCGGCCGGCGAGGAGAGGCGGGAGGCUGACCCGAAGACCUGUAUCAAGUAGUUGCACAAGAGGAGGAGGAGGUAGAAACUGGAAGCUCUCUGAAUGUGCUGCCCUCAGACUUAAGGCUUCUUUAGAGACUCGGGAUGACUUCCCACGAGAGAUGCUUGCUGGAGGGGUUGUGCUGAAGACAGAGCACUGCAGCCUCUAACUGGGACAGCUCCUGCUGGUCUGGAGCUGAGACCAACUUCUCUCCUUCCCUUUUCCCUCGGAGAUGUUGCAGAGAUUUAAUCUGACCUCUUCCUCCUCACCUGAAGCUUGCCGUGGCGAUGAUCCCACAGCCAGAUCCGACCACCAAAGAGAAGAGAAUUGUGCGUUUGAAGCUGGGCCGUCGUUGUAACUGAACUGGAAUUUACUCCCUGCUUGCGCUCCUGGAACGAGUGCCGUUCCUCUGCUUGUCUGUGUGUGGUUUGAGCCGCUCCUCCCUGGUCUUGUUUGGAAUUCCUGGGCUUUCCACGCUGAGUUUGCCCAUGGCUUUCCUGAUGAAGAAGAAGAAAUUCAAGUUUCAGACAAGUUUCACUCUAGAAGAGCUGACUGCUGUCCCCUUUGUGAAUGGGGUUCUGUUCUGCAAAAUCAGGCUGCUAGAUGGAGGAGACUUUGCUAGCUUAUCUACCAGAGAGGAAGUUCAGGAAAACUGUGUCCGCUGGAAAAAGAAAUUCACGUUUGUGUGUAAAAUGAGUGCCAACCCAGCAACAGGACUCCUGGACCCCUGCAUCUGCCGCGUAUCUGUCCGUAAGGAGCUGAAGGGCGGAAAAACCUACUCAAAGCUGGGCUUUGCUGAUCUAAAUCUGGCAGAAUUUGCAGGCUCUGGAUCCACUGUUCGUUGCUGCUUGCUUGAAGGAUACGAUACUAAGAAUACCCGACAGGACAACUCCAUCCUAAAGGUCACGAUCGGAAUGUCCCUGCUGUCAGGGGACCCCUGCUUUAAAACGCCUCCUUCUACCGCCAAAUCCAUCACCAUACCAGGACAGGACUCUACCCUGCAGCUGACCUGUAAGGGCGAGGGAACCACAAGCAGCAGCAGCAGCAGUUCAGCUACGAUUGGCUCUCUGCGUCAGACCAAGCCAAGAGCUGCCAUUCUCAGUUCGGGUGUCCCAGAAGAACCAGAUCAGAACUUGUCCAGCCCGGAGGAAGUCUUCCACUCAGGGCACUCACGGAACUCUAGCUACGCCAGCCAGCAGUCCAAGAUCUCCGGUUACAGCACGGAGCACUCCCGUUCUUCUAGCAUGUCUGACUUGACCCAUCGCCGGAAUACCUCCACCAGCAGCAGUGCGUCCGGAGGGCUGAGCAUGACAGUGGAGUGUCCUGAGGGAGAGCGGGACCACAAACUAGAGAAACCACCUCGCCCUCCCAGACCAGCCCUUCUGCUGGAUAGACCCUCCCGGAGGAAAAAGGAUUCAGUGGAGAGUCACCCAACCCGAGUGGAUGACACCAGGAUCGAUGCUGAUGAUAUAGUGGAGAAAAUAAUGCAGAGUCAGGACUUCACAGAUGUCAGCAAUACUGAAGACAGUAACCUGAGGUUGUUUGUGAGCAGAGACGGAACGACUACAUUGAGUGGUAUUCAGCUGGGAAACAGGGUCUCAUCAGGAGUUUAUGAGCCAGUGGUGAUUGAAACCCACUAAAUGUGAAGAACAGGGUAGAGCUGUGGAAACAGGCCCCUACCCAGUCUGCUGCCACAUGGAUGCCAACCUUUACCUCUCUUCAUGCAGCAUUCCAGAAGGGAUUUCUCCACACCCCUCCCCGUACAUUUGCACUGCAGAACUACUCCGAGACCACUCCAGAUCAUGCACUUUCCCUGCGUUGGCAUUACCCUUCUCCACUUCCCAUUCUUCUGGUGCCUGCCUUCCCCCCGUUUCUGAUCAGACACAAGGUGUCUGUUUAGCUUAUCCUUAGUCCUAGAGGAUGUUGCUUAUCUGCCUCCCUCACUCCACCCAUUCGCUUGCAAAAGGGGACUUCUCAGCUUGUUUCUCCCCAAAAUGUUGAGUUUUAUACCACUGUGAACUCUUCAGACCACUGGGGGAGGGGGAAACCAUUCUAACCAAACCGAGAGCUGCUUGUUGGUGAGACGGUGAAAUGGUCGCUUGCAGGAUGCUUUAUUCCAUUGACUCUGCAAGGGAACAUCACCUUCCAAGGCAAUGGUUUUACUGAACAAGGUAUGCUAUGGUGUGCACUUCACUUCCUACCCUCAAAUCCCCAAAUAUUCUCUUCUCAUAGGAAAUAUCUCCCAAAAGUGCAUUUCAGAAAACUACCGUAAUCCAGAUGGGAGUUGAUAAAUGGUUAAAUGCUAGUGCUUGUUAUACCACUAACUGCAUUACGCCCUUCACUGCUGGGCAUGGAAGGGCAGUGUUCAUCUAUUAGCAUUAGCAGGAGCACUUUAGAGGUUCCAGAUUUUACCUGGAGGAGGCUUCUGCUUGCUGCUCCAGGAGUGUUAAUCCCUCUUUGCUGGACUAAUUCAGCAAAUAGUCACUGUUGGAGCUUGGAAUACAAAGCCUCUUUUUUUAUUAUUUUUUUUGGCUCAGGAAGGGAACUGCCCUUCUUGGACUGUGAAAAGAAUCUGGUUAUGUGAUAGCCCUCCCCUUGGCCAGAGCAGGAUGCAGUUGACUGCAGUGGUCUCUCCAUUGUGGUGGUGAUUAACAGUUGCCUCUCUUGGCCUGGGCCAGUAAGGGAAUUGGUGUUGGUUGGCUUUUCUUGCCCUGUCUGUAGGGAUCUAUGCCUGAGCUGGUUCCUUUUGGGGCUGGGGAGAAGUCACGGUCUCCACAUUUAAAGGCAGAAUGGGUGUCUUCUGCUGCGUUAGCCACAGCAGCCAUUCUUACCUGCUCCGUGGCAAGUGAACUCUUCUGACAAGGCUUCAAACUGUUUUCUGGUUGAUAUUUCAAUAGCUCUUCUUUGGGUUUGGUUUCUGCAGUUGUUUGACACUUUAGCUGCCUCUUUUCCUUGCAGUGUGUGGCAGAGAUAUCAGUCCUUUUCAGCUCCCACCUGCAGAUUCUCCUGGCAGGUGAAUUGCCAGUGAGGAUCUCUGCAGCCGUGAGCCGUCAGCAGGCUGUGCGUGCAGCCCUUCCUGUACAGAGACUCUCAGCCUAUAAGCUAUUUCUGUGUAGUGCCCUUUUCUCUUUCUCCUGGUGUGCUGUAGUAGCGCUCAGCGGCCGUGCACUCAGAGCAGUGGCACGCUCCCGGGCAUGGUUGGGAACGUGCCCUCCUCCGACACACGUGUGCAUGCACACACACAGGCGUGCACUCGUCCCAUUCGGCAAGGAAAGACUUGGAACUGAUCACGUUGUUCAAAUUCUUAGUUACUAUAAAGCCUUUUUUAAAUGAGAAGGAAAAAAAAUGAUUCAUUGUGGUCUCUGUGGCCAGAAUGCGUGCAGAUGAGCUACUGGACAAGGGAAUUUGGCAGAAUGAGAAAUAAGGAAUGAAAGGGCGUUGAUUUAUAAUUUUUCUUUGCCCUGCUAGCUGAGGACGGCUGCAUGGGGAGAGUGUAGGCACUGUGGCAAAGCUGUACAGCUGCUUACUCUGUUGCGGCGGUUUCUCUCUUUGAGUCAAUAGUGUUCUUUCUGUAUUUGGGCAAACCACAUAUAGGAUAUGAAUCUUUUUCACCCUUGGCCUUCAAAGGGAGUUAAAUUCGGUUUAGGGUAAGAAGGGGUACAGACAAACACCUUGGCUUGGUUUAACGUAGGGAAAAAGUAUUGCAUCUCUUGCAUCUGUCUAGAACAAAAACUCUUUCACGCUUGCUGGUGUUAUUUAGUGGUGAUCUCUUCUUCAUUCAGUCUGGUAGAUUUGGCACUCACUAGCAGGCUGGUGAGCAUCCUGCCCUGUUCCCAGGAUGAUGCAUGUCUGCAGGAAGGGAGAACUUGCUUUUCUCUUUCCCUGGGGCUCUGCCAGAAGGGUAGGCCUGGCCCAGCCUUCAGGGCAGGGUGAGGACAGAAGCAGGCUCAGGCAGCAGUGGAUGUUCCUGUCCUGUCUGCAGGUGGUCUUGCAGAGCCAAGGUUCCGGCUGCUCCCCAGCACCUGCUGCUCCCCAGCAGCCAGUGACGCCCUGUGGGAAGUUGGGUCCAGCCAGGACUUGAAAUGAGGAAAUAUAAGCCAGGAAAGAGGCAAAAACCCAGCUCGCUUCUCCUGCUUUACUUCUGUUCCCAUGAAAAACAGUGGCAGUCACUGUCAGAGCAGUUGGGAAUCCAGGGCUUUUUUUCUGGGCAAGAGUCGGCUGCUCUGAGGUGCUGGCAGCUCAGCACAUCACAAAAUCCUCAAUGGGACAGAGUUCUUUUCCCACUGAAGUGAGAGGAGAAGUAGUUGAGCUUUUCACAAAGCUGGUCUCAUCACCCCAGGCUGGCAGAGGUGUAACCUGCUCCUUCACAUAGCUGUGGCCACCCUGGGCACGUCUCUGGCUUCUCUUCCAGCAGCUUGGCACAUCACUGCUUGUGGUUUUGAUAAUUGUGUCUCAUAGGGUAUCUCUUCCUUGUCUCCACGUUGUUAUUACCUCCACAGUUCCUGGUGUUUUUGUAGCUUUUUAGCUCUCCUACCCCUCGUUUUGAAUAAGAAAGCAGCCCUAGUCAUUCAGCCUGGUGCAGCACAGCUGGGGCUGGAGCACCCAGAGCAGACUCGAGGGAGGAAGGAGCAGCCUGUUCCUAUUCUAGAUCCCACGCGGAGCUCCCUCUGUACAUCCAUCACGAGCGAUGCCCAGCAUCCCUGGCCGGUGGUGGGCGUACGAGGUGAUGGUGAUAGAACUGGGGUCUCUUGAUCCGCAGACUCGCUGCCGUCUCUUGGGAAGCUGCGUCUUGUGAGCACUUUUUCCUUAUGGCAUCGCUGCCGUCUCUUCAUUGUUGGACUUUGAACAUUUAAGAAGUGAAUCAGUUUCCAGACCCAAACCGCUGGCUAGUUUUCUUUUUGGUUAUUUUUUUCGUUGUCGUGAAGUUUAUUGAUUUUUUUUUUUUUCUUUUGUAAACCCAGCAGGCUGGUGUUUUUUGACUGCAUUAUUGUUUCAUUGAUAUUUUAUUCCGGGGGGGGGGGAUGAGGGAGAAUUUUCCUUCCCCACAUUGUUCCCCUUCUCAGGGGAUUCAGAGGUGGCUUAAACAACUAAAAGGACC